CGGGGCAUCCGUCUGCUGGACAGCGGCUCCGUAGAGAACGUGCUGCAAGUCGGUUUCCAUCUGAGUGGCACGGUAACUGAGCCAGCCACUGCUUCUGAACCAUCAAUGACUUACAAAGUUGCUAUCAGUUUUGAUCGAUGCAAAAUCACUUCAGUGACAUGUGGCUGUGGAAAUAAGGACAUAUUCUACUGUGCACAUGUGGUAGCACUCUCACUGUACAGAAUCCGUAAACCAGACCAAGUCAAAUUACGUCUUCCUAUCUCGGAAACUCUUUUCCAGAUGAAUAGGGACCAGCUACAGAAGUUUAUUCAGUAUUUAAUCACAGCACACCACACCGAAGUUCUUCCUACUGCACAGAGACUGGCAGAUGAGAUUCUUUCCUCCAACUCAGAAAUCAACCAAGUGAACGGUGCCCCUGACCCAACAGCAGGGGCAAGCAUUGAUGAUGAGAACUGUUGGCAUUUGGAUGAAGAACAGGUGAAAGAACAAGUGAAGCUCUUUCUCUCCCAGGGGGGUUACUAUGGCUCUGGAAAGCAACUCAACUCAAUGUUUGCCAAGGUUCGAGAGAUGCUGCGGAUGAGAGAUUCCAAUGGAGCCAGGAUGCUGACACUUAUAACUGAGCAGUUUAUGGCUGACCCACGGCUCACACUCUGGAGGCAGCAAGGAACAAGCAUGACAGACAAGUGCAGGCAGCUCUGGGAUGAGCUAGGAGCUUUGUGGGUGUGUAUAAUUUUAAAUCCACACUGCAAACUGGAGGAAAAGUCUUGUUGGCUGCAGCAACUGCAGAAGUGGAGUGACCUGGAUGUCUGUCCCCUGGAAGAUGGAAAUUAUGGACAUGAGCUGCCCAACAUCACCAAUACACUUCCUCAGAAUGUCAGUCACAGUGCAGACUCCUUAUCCAGACCAAGAAGAACAGUGUUCACUAGAGCCAUAGAGGGUCGUGAAUUACAUUGGCAGGAUAGCCACCUACAACGAAUAAUCAGCAGUGACAUAUAUACAGCUCCUGCCUGCCAGCGAGAAAGUGAGCGACUACUCUUUAAUUCCCACGGCCAGCCACUGUGGCUUGAGCAUGUGCCUACAGCUUGUGCUCGGGUUGAUGCCCUGCGUUCUCAUGGUUAUCCAAAAGAGGCCCUCAGACUCACGGUGGCCAUUAUUAAUACUCUGAGGUUGCAGCAGCAGCGGCAGCUGGAAAUUUACAAGCAUCAGAAGAAAGAACUGUUGCAGAGAGGAACUACAACCAUCACAAACUUGGAGGGCUGGGUGGGCCACCCUCUGGAUCCUGUUGGCUGCCUGUUUCUCACUUUGACUGAAGCCUGCCGCCUCAGUGAUGAUGGUUACAUGGAAGUGUCAGAUAUGAAUGAAAGCAGACUCCCUGUAUACCAGCAUGUACCUGUGGCUGCAGGCUGCACAAGCAGCAGUGAAUCCUACCUGUCAUUAGCCCUGGAAGUUGCUCUGAUGGGAAUGGGUCAACAGAGGGUAAUGCCUGAAGGCCUGUAUGCACAGGACAAAGUGUGCCGUAAUGAGGAACAUCUCCUAAGCCAUCUACAGGAGCUGCAACUGGAUGAGGAACUAGUACAAACACUGAGAAAACAGUGCAUCUUAUUGCUAGAAGGAGGCCCUUUCAGUGGUCUUGGAGAAGUCAUCCACCGAGAGAGUGUACCCAUGCAUACAUUUGCCAAGUAUUUGUUCUCAGCUCUGUUGCCUCAUGAUCCAGAUCUGUCCUAUAAAUUGGCCUUGCGUGCCAUGAGGUUACCUGUUUUAGAAAACUCAACUUCUACAGCUGAUACUUCUCAUCCUCACCAUAUGGUGUCUGUGGUGCCCAGCCGUUAUCCUCGCUGGUUCACGCUUGGACACUUGGAAUCACAGCAGUGUGAACUGGCCUCUACCAUGCUGACGGCUGCCAAAGGGGAUACUCGCAGACUGAGAACUAUUCUGGAAGCAGUACAGAAGCACAUCCAUUCUUCCUCCCUCAUCUUCAAACUGGCCCAAGAUGCAUUCAAGAUUGCUACUCCCACGGACAGUAGUACAGACAGCACCCUGCUCAAUGUGGCCCUUGAGCUGGGGUUACAGGUGAUGCGGAUGACCUUAUCAACUCUCAACUGGAGGCGCCGGGAGAUGGUGCGAUGGUUGGUAACCUGUGCUACAGAAGUGGGUGUACGGGCCCUGGUGAGCAUCUUGCAGAGCUGGUACACACUAUUCACUCCUACUGAGGCUACUAGUAUUGUAGCUGCCACUGCUGUAUCCCACACCACUAUCCUGCGCCUCAGUCUUGACUACCCACAGCGAGAGGAACUGGCUAGCUGCGCUCGCACACUGGCCCUGCAGUGUGCUAUGAAGGAUCCACAAAGUUGUGCCCUGUCAGCUCUUACACUCUGUGAAAAAGACCACAUCGCCUUUGAGGCGGCCUACCAGAUUGCCAUUGAUGCUGCUGCUGGUGGCAUGACCCAUUCACAGCUGUUCACCAUUGCCCGCUACAUGGAGCUCCGUGGCUACCCGCUACGUGCCUUCAAACUGGCCUCGCUGGCCAUGAGCCAUCUGAACCUAGCCUACAACCAGGAUACCCACCCAGCCAUCAAUGAUGUGCUCUGGGCUUGUGCCCUCAGCCACUCUCUGGGCAAGAAUGAGCUGGCAGCUCUCAUCCCUCUGGUGGUGAAGAGUGUACACUGUGCCACAGUGCUUUCAGACAUCCUGCGGCGCUGUACAGUGACUGCACCUGGUCUGGCUGGCAUCCCAGGCCGCCGCAGCUCUGGAAAGCUCAUGUCAACUGACAAAGCUCCACUGCGCCAGCUGCUGGAUGCCACCAUCAACGCCUACAUCAACACUACACACUCACGCUUGACACAUAUCAGCCCCCGCCACUACGGAGAGUUCAUUGAGUUUCUGAGCAAGGCUCGGGAGACCUUCCUGCUGCCCCAAGAUGGCCACUUGCAAUUUGCCCAGUUCAUUGACAAUCUCAAACAGAUUUACAAAGGCAAGAAGAAACUGAUGCUGCUGGUUCGAGAGCGCUUUGGCUGAGAAAACAGAGAGCUCAUUACCAGGGCAACCUGGGCCCCCCGCUACCAUCAAGUCAGGCCAAGGACACUGAAACAUUUGCCCACCUGAGAGGACUCUGAGCACCUGUGGCUGAGGUCAAAGGACCACAGGCUAACGAUGGGGAAGAGUCCAACUUUAACUAAUAUACCUGCCUUGGCAAGCUUCUCACUAUAGCCCACUGUUCCUGGAGGAGCUGGGCUCUGCAGAAUGAUCAGAAACCCCACAACAUGCCACCUCACACCCCUAAAUCCUGUGUGUCCUGGGCAUUGGCCCUCUCUCCCUUGGCAAACACAGAACACUGUUUCGUCUCAGGGAUUGCUUAACCAGAGAAACAGAAGCAUUUAUGAUACUGUAAAUACUAUAACAUAUGUGUUGCCAAUUAUUGUAAAGUUGUAACUAUUUAUAAUUCUGGUUCUGAUUUGAUGGGCACUUAACACAGUUGGGUGGGAGGAUAGGCUUGUUUUCUGAGGAGACUCACAACCAUUUCUCAGGUUUCCCUUUCAGAGUAUAUACUGUUAGCAGGGCACAAAUGGGGGUAGUGGGGGGAAAAUGGCCAGUUACAAUAAUCCCCAAGUCUUGUCUAUGCAGAAUCCCCAGCCUGUACACAGGGCAUCUAUAGUCCAGUGGUUGGUCAGGGCAGAGGCCAAGACUGGACUUAGACUUCUGCCUCACAAAGCUAUGACCACACUGAAGCUCCUGCUCCUGCCUCAACAUUCCUGUCCAGGAGCCUACUCAACACUGAAUAACAGAUACAGGGAGAAGAUGAAGGUCAGGGAAGCAACAGCUCAUAACAGCCAUCUGCUCUGGUCACUGUCAUGUUAAAGAGCAUAUAUUUUCAUCUCUACUUCUGCAUGUGUGUAUACCUGUAUGGCUAAGUACAUGUGUUUGUGUACCUAUGUAUACAUGUGUGUGCCUGUGUCAUGUAUGUUGGACCAUGGGUUUCUGUGUUUGCUGUUUCCUUCCCAUGUUUGCAUGUUUAGUGUAUAGGUGUACCCAGGCACAUGUGUGUGGAAAUACAUAUGUGCUUGUCUGUGUGUAUGCCUAUCCGUUGAGAUUAUGUAUAUAUAUAUAUGUGUG